AUGGCACUUGUGCAUGCACACCGCAGCAGCAGCAGCAGCAGCAGCAGCAGCAUGGAGCUACCGGAGUUGGGGCCGGGCAUGCAGCGGCUGCUGCUGCGGUAUUUAUCUAUGAGCGAUGAACCUGCUGCUGCCUAUGCUUACCUCCUUAAGCCACCGCAGCAGCAGCAGCAGCAGCAACAGCAGGAGCAGGAGAAACGGGCGUGCAGAAGCUCGGGCUUCCUACCUGAACAGCCACACGUGCAGGAGCUGCAGCAGACUUGGCUGUCGCUGCCGCCGCCGCCGCAGCAGCAGCAGCAGCAGCAUCACCAACAGCAACAGCAGCAGCAGCAACAACAGCAGCCACAGCUCAUAGGCUUUGCAGUCCGUCCUGCUGUGCAGCGCCUGCAGCAAACGCAGCAGCAACAGCAGCAGCAGCAGCACACAGCAGCGCUGCAGCAAGCAGUUCCGCUGCCGCCGCAGCAGUUGCAGCAGCAGCAGCUAGCCACGCAGCCGCAGCAGCAGCAGCAAGAAAGGAGGAGCGAGGGAGCACUUCAGCAGCAAACCGCUGCAUCUAUUCCUACUGAACAGGAGCUGCAGAGUUUGCAGCAGCAGCUGCAGCAGCUGCAGCUGCAGCAGCGGACGCUGCAGGUAUUUCUUAAGCAACACGACCCCAUACCUCUCGCUGCCUGCAGCCUGCAGCAGCAGCAGCAGCAGCAGGUGCAGCAGCAGCAGGUGCAGCAGCAGCUUGUGCAGCAGCAGCAGUUGAAGCAGCAGCAGUUGCAGCAGCAGCAGCUGCAGCAGCAGCCAUCCCAGAGCCUGAAAUUGCAAUCUAUUCCCCACCAUCUGCAGCAGCAGCAGCAAUUACAGCAGCAACAGCAGCAGCAGUUACAGCAACAGCAUCAGCAGUUGCAGCAGCAUCAACAACAGCCGCAGCAACAAGAGCAGCAACCGCUGCCUGCCUCAUGGGCUUUACCUCCACCGUUGCAUGCAAGCCUGCUGCGGCACCAGCAGCAGAAGCAGCUGCUGCAGCAGCAACAGCAGCAGCAACAAGCAUUCCUGCAGCAACAGAAGGAGCUGCAGCGAGAACUGCAGCAACAGCAAAUCCUGCUGCAGCAGCUGCAGCAGCAACGCCAGCAGGCUCACAGCGAAACGCUUGCCCCCCAAGCGCUGGAGCUGCUGCAGCGGGAAGCCUCGCCGCAGCAGCCGCUGCAGCAGCAGCAACAACAACUGCAGCAGCAACUCCUACAGUCACAGCAUCAGAAAUCCCUGCCUUAUCAGCAGCCGUUUAUAGAACAGCGGCAGCAGCCCCUGCAGCAGCUACAGCAACCCCUGCAGCAGCAACCCCUGCAGCAGCAACAGCUCCUUCUGCACCAGCCGCCGCAGCAGCAGCAACUCCCGCAGCAGCAGCAGCUCCUUCUGCAUCAGCCGCAGCAGCUACCGCUGCAGCAGCAGCGGUUGCAACAGCAGCCGUUAGAGCAGCAGCCGCUGCAGCAGCAGCCACUGCAGCAGCAGCCGCUGCAGCAGCAACCGCUGCAGCAGCAGCCGCACUUGGUUGUGCUGCACCGCUCUGCAGCAGCGCGACCCGUGAAUAUGCUGCCGCCCCAUGGAGGGGGAAGAUGCAGCAGCAGCAGCAGCAGCAGCAUGCCGCAGCAGCAGCAGCAGGAUCCCCUGCUGCUGAGCGUGUUGAGUAUGAGCAGCAGCAACUGCACCGGCGGAUACCUCUUUACCCCUACACCAGCAGCAGCUCCAGCAGUAGCAGCAGCAGCAACAACAGCAGCAGCAGCAGCAGCAGCAGCAACUGCAGCACCAAGGGAAACAGCAGAGACACCCGAAGCGUUGCUGUUCUCUUCUCCUUCUUUGUUCACUCAAGACUCUCCAAGGCAAGAUGAACUCUUUGAAGACAUCUAA